CAAAUACAAAAAGCUAUUUCUAUCUACAGCUAGUUAUAAAAUUCAAUUUAUUUAAAGAUAAAUAGAGUUAUUUAAAUUAUUACAGAAACAAAAAUAAUGAAUAAACGGAUAAAUAAAUUCAUAAUGAUAAAAAUAAAAAAGGAAGAAGCAAGUUAUCAACUUAGGCUGUGAAACACUCUAUAAAAGCCAAUAAUAUUACCUUAAUAUAAAACCAAUCAUUCAUAACUAUCAUAUUUUACUUGUCCCUAAUAACUAAAAAGUUAAAAAGCUUAACAAAUAAAAUAAUAGAACCAAUAAAUGCUAAAAAUCCUUCAAGUGUUUUUCUGUUAUUGAAAUACUUGAAUACUUUCAAUUUUCCGAUGCUCCUUCCAAUUAUUGCUGCAAAACUAUCUCCGAUUCCAAGAAUUAAAACUCCACUCAGAGCCUUUUCAUAAAACGAGCUUAGAUUCACUUCAAGCAAGUUGUAUUCAUAAAUAAAAGGAUAAGAUACACCUAAAAGUAAAUAAACAUGCGUUAAAAUGAGCUUUUUAGAAUCUCUUUCAUCUAUAAAUUGUGAUACAAAUUAAUCCAGGCGAUUAAAAAUAAGGAUACUUGUAGAAAACUCUUAUCUUAAAAAUUCUAAUAUAAAGAAAAUCCAUAUAAGUCCACUAGAAGCCAUUAAAGUCAAGUUUGGUGCUAUGUAAACACCUCCAGAAAAAAUCAGGACUACUUAAAAGUGGAAAAUUUUUCUUACGUAAAUAAGUUAAAUUCUUUUCUUGCAUAAUUCACUUAACAAGAUACCUAUUAUUGUCACUACAACCAUAUAAACUAAGCAAUAAAUAGAAUUUUUUUCUUGUAGAGUCAGAUAAUCAAUCCAAAAGGAAUUAGAACACUUUUUAAGAUAAACUAAAAUACUAACAAGCUAAUUAAAGGAAUAGCAAUUGAUGAUAUCAAAAAUAAAUCUGCAACUUAAGAAAUAUCUUACAAGUAACCAUAAUGAGGAAUAAAUGCAAACAAUAGACAUAAAAAUUCAGUACAUACUUUUGUAAAUAAAAGUGCUUCGCAGAAUGUGAGAAGAUUUUUAUAUUAUCUGAGCAUUAAAACAAGCAAAAGGCCUUAAAGUAUAUUCUAAAAUACGUGCUUAAAUUCAUUUUCAUGUAUAAGAGAUAAAAUUGAAAAAGUAACUAUGAGAAUUAAGUUUAUUAGCUUAAUUAUUUUGGAGCUUUUAAUGUCAUCUCUAAUAAAAUACCAUUUUGAUUUUUAGAUUUGCUAAUUAUUCCUAAAGUUUUAUUGUUCGUUUAAGUAAAUAAAAGUAUAAAUAAGUAGCUCUAAAAUAUAAUCUAAAGAAUGCCCGUAUUUAAAAUGAGCUUUGUCUUUUAUUUCAGCUAUAAAUAAAAUCGCUAAUUCAGAUAAUCCCUAUUGUAUAAUUUAUGACAUUAUUAAUAUUUAUUCAAUUUGUUUAUUUAUUAAAGAUUAAUUGAUAUAUCUUUUCUCAGUUUAGAAUUAAUUAAUAUUUAAGAUAAGUAAGUCAUCACUCUCUUACAAUAAUAAUCGCAAAACAAUUAAUUUUGUUUAUAAAAUAAGCGUCAGCAGGAUGUAUCUUAGUUAAUUUAGAUUAUUUUAAAAAAAUGUAUUCUCUUUAAUCACAUUCAAUAAAUUAAAAUAUAAAAAAAAUUUUUCGUUUUUGAAAUGUUAAUUUUAACAAAAAAAUAAAUAAAAAAUAUUUAAACCUAAC